GGCGGGCGCAUCUCACCUUCCCCCCUUCUCCACCAUCACCACGACGACGACCACCACCACCAUCGUCCUCCUCUUACACCCCCCUCUCGCCCGCCCAGCAUGGAAAUGCUAACCUUCAACGCCACGGGCGGCUACCUCGAAGGCGUCGUGCGAGGGUAUCGCAACUCCCUCCUCACCUCUCAGACCUACUCCCAACUCUCUCAAUGCGAGACCCUCGAAGACCUCAAGAUGCAGCUAUCCGCCACAGACUACGGCAACUUCCUCGCAAACGAACAGCCACCCAUCACCACUUCCACCAUCGCUGAAAAGGCUACGGGGAAGCUGGUGGGGGAGUUCCAGUAUUUGAGGGAUAACGCUACGGGUCCACUGAGGGAGUUCCUAGACUACCUGACCUACGCAUACAUGAUCGAUAACCUCAUCUUGUUGAUCACGGGCACGCUACACGAGCGGGACACGCACGAGUUGCUCGAUCGAUGUCACCCACUGGGUCACUUUGAUGGGAUGGAGGCACUCUGUGUUGCCACUACCGUCGAGGAGUUGUACAACAGCGUCGUUGUGGAGACUCCGUUGGCCGAGUACUUCAAGGAGUGUUUGAGCGCGUCGGAUUUGGAUGAUUUGAAUAUUGAGAUUAUCAGGAAUAGCCUUUACAAGGCGUAUUUGGAGGACUUUUACAACUUUACUCAGCGUUUGGGCGGGACGACGGCUAUUGCUAUGGGCUCCCUCCUCUCCUUCGAAGCGGAUCGUCGCACCCUCAACAUCACUUUGAACUCCUUCGGCACCUCCCUCACAAAGGAACAGCGAGCCAAGCUUUUCCCCUCCAUCGGCCGACUGUACCCUGAAGGCAACAAUGCCCUGGCUCGAGCGGACGAUGUGGACCAGGUGAAACAGGUGUGCGAUAUGGUGCCAGAGUAUAAGGCUUGGUGGAAGGAAGGAGGUAUGGGUGGCGGUGGAGGCGGUGGUGGAGAGGAGGGGAGUGAGGUGGAGGAGUUGGAGGGAAAGAUGUUCAGAGAGGAGACGAGGUUGAAUAGGAUUGAGACGAUGUGUCAGUUCAACUAUUCGCCAUUCUACUCUUGGCUCAAGUUAAAGGAGCAAGAGAUCCGCAGCAUCACCUGGAUCGCAGAGUGCAUCGCCCAAGACGCACGCGACCGUAUCGGUGACUUUGUACAUGUAUAAAUUGGCGUGCGUGCGUGCGCGCCCUCGCGACUGGUGUCAGUAUCCAAUGCACUCUCUUCAUGACUACACGCCAAGGCCAACGCCAACGCCAUCGUCAACGCCGCCCCGACUACU